AUGUUUAACAUUUAUACCAACGAUCAACCAAUAUCCACAGAUAGCGACGUAAAACAUUAUAUUUACGCAGACGAUACAGCAAUCGCCGUACAACACGAUCAGUUUGGAAAUGUAGAGGAAAAACUAUCGACUACUUUGGACAUUCUUGGAAAAUACUAUAGACGCAAUUACCUAAAACCCAAUCCAAGCAAAACACAAAUAUGUGCUUUCCACCUAAGGAAUCGAUGUGCCAACCGUAUCCUUAACGUCUACUGGAAUGAGAAGAAAAUCACUAAUACACAGUAUCCAAAAUAUCUCGGAAUAACACUAGACCGAUCUCUCACCUACAGAUCCCAUUGCGAAAACACCAAACAUAAAAUAAUGACAAGAAAUGGCAUAUUGCGGAAGCUCAGUGGUUCCACAUGGGGCUGUAAUCCCCACGUCAUAAGAACUACGGCAUUAGCCUUAUGUUUUUCAGCGGGAGAGUAUGCCAGUCCAGUAUGGGGUAGGUCAUCACAUACUAAAAAGGUCGAUGUUGCACUAAACGAGUCCUGCCGACUCAUAACUGGCUGCCUAAAAAACACACCGGUAGAACAAUUAUAUAUACUUUCAGGAAUAGCCCCUCCGCUAAUAAGAAGAUCCACGCAAGCAGACUGA